CAAAAGCCUCUCAAAUUCAUAUAGUGAGAAAAAUAGAUAACGAAGCUUCAUUUACAUGGCGUCCCCUUCGCUCUUAGGGUCCAGUACGUCGUCGUUUCACGGCCAGUUCCCGGCCAUUCAACCUCCAUUGUUUUCUGCACGAAUCCCUCACGGGAACAUCGGAAAUGGAUGCGGGAUUGUCUCGGUCAGAGCCAUGGCGAGACCUGUGUUGGUGGAGAAGUCUGAGUAUGAGAAGGUCCAACGGCUCAAAAACACUUACCUCGAGAAAAUUGUUCCUCUGCUCAUGGAAGAGUUUUCCUACAAGAACAUCCUCGAGGUUCCAAAGGUAGAGAAGAUUGUGGUGAACUCUGGUAUUGGAGAUGCUCAGCAAAAUGCAAAAGGGCUCGAUGCAGCAAUGAAUGAUAUGGCACUCAUUACUGGGCAGAGACCUGUAAGGACACGAGCAAGGAAUUCCAUUGCCACCUUCAAGAUCAGAGAAGGUCAACCGCUAGGGAUUGCUGUCACACUUAGAGGAAAUGUGAUGUACUCAUUCCUCGAUCGCCUUGUUAACUUGGCAUUUCCUAGGACAAGGGAUUUUCAGGGUGUGAAUGCAAAUAGUUUUGAUGGACAUGGGAAUUACUCUGUCGGAAUUCGUGAACAGAGUGUGUUCCCGGAGAUCAGGUUUGAUGCCCUUGGUAAGCCCAUGGGAAUGGAUGUUUGCAUUGUCACAACUGCUAAAACAGAUAAAGAAGGCCAAAGACUAUUAGCUCUCAUGGGGAUGCCCUUCAGAGAGGGUGGAGGUACCACAACAUUGGUGCGCAAGAAGAAGCUCAGGGCUCACCACUUCGAUUCCAAAUCUAGAGGAAGAGCCCGGAAAUGAAAACAAGGAUUCCACAACAUUUGUUAGUGUAUUUGCUCUGUUUUCUAUUCUCUUUUCCUUGUUUAUGCCACCAACUGAGCACAUGGGUUAAAGAAAAAAUAUGGCUUUGGUUGUGUAAAUUAUGCCGUUGUUGCUAAUGUUAAAUGUUGUAAUUGCUUUCUGUUA